AUGGGAGAAGUCAAUGAUGCUCCGUUAUUUGUCUAUCUAUCCUUCGUUGCGUUCGCUUUCAUAUUUCUGUUUAUGCUUUUCCUGAAACUUUACAUCACUUUCAGCAGUCGCGGACUCUGCAAAGGCAACUGUGGUAGAUCUCGAACAAACACUGAAGCAGAAAAUACCAGAAGUCGGGCAACUGGUAUUGUUACGCAUCAGUCUAUGCCACUGCCAGGUUCAUAUCCCGUGUAUGGUUGCGAAAGCAACAUACGCUAUCCAUACCCAGUGAUCAACCGGCCGUCUGCAACAGGACCAAUAUCAGAAACUAUUCCCGCAUCUCUUUUCACUUCAGAUGUCCCACCACCGGUGAUAGCGCACUGUGUCACGUCAACUUCAUUCUUGCCUCCACCGCCACCAUAUUCUCAGCACGAUCGUUAUCCGCCGGUUGAGAUUGCAAACAGUUCGAGGAUUCAAUUAACAAGGAGCUUUGCUAAGGUUACAAACGAUAUACCGCCGGUGCAGUAG